CAGGUCUGAUCUCUUCAAAUACCAUAAAUUGUAUCUCCUUCACUGAUCAAUUAUUGUUUAGAAGAAUCAUCGACAAGGAUGUAUGAGCCACAGGAGUUUGACAUGAGAACGAGAGAAACCUACCAUUCCCGGAAGUGAAUUACUUUCGGUUUCUGCAAUCGAACGCCUCGAUUGUUAAUAUAAGAUCCUGCAUAGUAACUGAUCUCUUCACUUUUGAAGUUUGUUAAAGUAAAUAUGCUAAUAGAUAAUAUGUAAGAUGAUUGAUGCACGGACUGGAAAGUAAGUAAAGAGGUUAUUUUUUCAUCAAACGAGCACAGAACCCUCACAUGUAUCUGCCUCUGCGACACCAAACGCAUUAGGAAUUGUAUUGACAAAAAAUAACCAGAACUAGGAGUUUUAAUCAGUUUGAAGAUCUGUAUUUCCAAACCUCCAUAUUUCACUGAAAGGAAAGCUGAGGAGUAUUCUCUUUUAAAUAACCGGUUUUUUAAAAUAUAUUUCAUAAUACACAGCUUCUACCCUCCGGCCGGAAACUGCAUAAUUAUAAUUAUAUCCUUCGGCAUGAUUUAAUGACUAAUGUUAAUUUCUUUCGCGAAUGUUCUUGUAUCAUUUUUUCGAAUUCUCUUAGCAGCUGCACCUUUUAUUUUCACUGAAUAGAGGCGAAAUAAAGCUAUUUUAUUCUCAGUGAGCCACUACUCACUAAAGUUCGUGCAUGCCGGUCGCGUCUUCCAGUGUAGUUGUGAUCAGGAAAUAUUCGAUUUGCUCUUCAGCAUCUGAAGGCUUGUUAUUCUCUGCAAGUUCAUCGUACAUAGCCGUGGUUGCUAUUGAUUUUGGGACCACAUACAGUGGCUUUGCUUUUGCUUUCAACCACAAGAAAGGAAAAGGAGGUAUCCAUAUGAACAAAGCGUGGGGAAAUGACCAGGGAGCUGCUACCCUUAAGACACCCACCUCUCUGCUUCUUCGCCUAGAUGGCAAAUUUGAUUCAUUUGGAUACGAAGCGGAGGAAAAGUACGCCAGCUUCUCUUGUGGUGAAGAUCGAGAUUAUCUCUACUUCAAACAUUUCAAAAUGGAACUUCACAAGUCAGGGACACUUGACAGAAAUACCAAGCUGACGGCUCGAAAUGGGAAAACAGUCGAUGCUUUGGUUGUUUUUGCCCACUCAAUGAGGUUUCUCAAAGAUCGAGCUAUCGAAAUUAUCCGCGAGAGAACUGGAGACGAAAAGUAUAAUGAAAAGGACAUUCGAUGGGUCAUAACAGUACCUGCCAUUUGGAGACCCGCCGCUAAGCAAUUCAUGAGAGAAGCUGCAUAUAAGGCGGAGAUGGCAUUGAAUGAUAACCCCGAACAGCUGCUUAUUGCUUUGGAACCAGAAGCAGCCUCUAUGUACUGCAGAGAAAUGAAGAUGAGAGAAUUCACGAAUGAGAAAGGAGAUGCCAGUGUGUCUGACGUCUUUGCUCGGCCUGAGUCAAAAUACCUUGUUGUUGAUAUCGGAGGCGGGACUCUCGAUGUCACAGCUCACGAAAUCUUAACAAAUGGAAACAUCAAAGAAAUCCAUCAAGUGACCGGUGGACCUUAUGGUGGAACUAAAGUUGACGAGGAGUUCGUCUCCCUGCUUGAGAGGUUUUUCGGAACUUCUCAAGUAAAAAACUUCCGUGACAACCACCCAGCAGAAUGGCUUGAGAUGAUGAAUGAAUUUGAGAUGAAGAAGCGAGGGCGCCGAGCUUACCAGGGCGAAACAACUAGAAUUCGCCUUCCCAGAACCUUUACAGCGCUGGUUUCAGAACAAGGUGGGCCUGAUCUGGCAAGACGAUUUGCAAGUUCCUGUAGAGUUGACGAUGUCCAAUUCGUCCGAAAUGAGUACUUCUGUAUAGGACCAGCGGCCAUGAAAAAGUUGUUUGAACCGGUUCUGAAUGGAAUAGUGAAGCACCUGAGCAACCUCCUUAAGCAUCGUAUGCUCCGUGAGCUGCAAUUUUUUUUCCUUGUUGGAGGUUUUGCUGAGUCAGCAAUACUUCAGGAUGCAAUCAAGCAGAACUUUAGCCGGAGAUGCAGAAUUUUAGUUCCAAGCAACGCCAGCAUUGCAAUUGUCCAAGGUGCGGUGAUGUUUGGGCAAACACCUGACACUUUCGACUCCAGAAUAAUGUCUACGACUUAUGGCUUCGAUCAGUACCUCCCGUUUGAUCCCAGUCUUCACCCAAUUGACAAGCGACACUUCGUUGACGGCGUAGCCUACUGUAGGAAUUGCUUUAUGGUUCUUGUUAAAGAGAAUGACAUUGUAAGGACAGGUGAGAAGAAAAUCUUCGCUAACUACAGGCCUUUAGAGGGAAGUCAAACAGCAGUCAGGUUCAGUUUUUUUACCUCGACCGAUCCUGACGCCAAAUAUUCAACAGACGCUGCAGUUAGCAACUCCAUAGGAGAGGUUAUCGUUAAAUCACCUGACGUUACUAAAGGAACAAACCGAAUGAUUGAUUUGGCGAUAGAGUUCGGUGGAACUGAGAUUAAAGCCACUGCAAUAGACAACAGCAGUGGGAACACUGCCACGGCAUAUCUUGACUUCCUAUGCAAUAAGGAUUAAAGAUCAAUGAAAAUCGAUUGAAAACUGAGAUAUGAAGUCCACGAUUGAAUAUAUGUGAUGAACCUGACUGCGGUUAAGAGACAAUAACUACAUUUGUAGAACUACGUUUGUAGAACAUAUACAUUAACUACAUUUGUAGAACAAUAACUACAUUUGUAGAUCAUGUAGAACAGAUUAAUCCCUGAAAAUAGUUGUAAAUAUCCGCUUUAGUCUCCGGGUGUAAGGAGACCAUCAUGAAUAACUCCCUGUGAAAGCCAAACGUGACAUAAUAAGGCAUAUUUGAACUUCACUUUAUAACUGAAACUCCAGAUUGCUACAAAGCUGGGGCAGAGACAAGAUAUCCACCGAAGAACAAAUUUUAAAUUUAUUUCUUAGCAUUAAUAAGGUAAGUUCACCAAAUCGAGCCCAAAGAACUACAGUUAAGUACAAUUUUGAAACAGUCUUGUAACAAAGUGUGAAAUUAAAAAAUUGUGUGUUGCA